UCCACGCCUUCAGUGUGCGUGGGUGUAGUGACGUCAGCUCUUCCUCUCCAUGGUAAUCCCCAAACAAGUCCCUUUUUAUCAGUACUUCCAGCAUGAACUCCUUUCAUGGUGAUAUCCGCUGAAAUCCUGGCCAAUAAUCACAAGCUCGCCCCCUCUAUGUGUGUGUGUGUGUGUGUGUGUUUUGUUAACUUUCUUCUUCUUCUUUGUAGCACUUUCUGCUUUUUGACCCCCCCAGCUUUGAAUUUCCUGUUAAGGUGACAUAUUUUAUUUUUUUGACCCAAUGACAAAAGAGAACUUUUCCCGUAAACUAAGUGUUCAAAUGGAAAUGUCUAUAUUCUAAAGAAACCUUAAUGAAGUUAUAUCAAUGAUUAUGAACAUUUCACAGUAAAAGCCUGUUUUGGCUCUGAGCUCUAGGCUAGUAAAUUAAAUGCACAAGUGAUAUACGUUGUACUACUGUACACAUCUGAAUUAAUUUUGCGUCUCAUCCCGAAACGAUAAUGUUGACAUGUCACUUUCAGUCUGAAAAUGAUGUUGGGCCUGCUAAGGCUAGCUAAAAGUGAAAUCUCGACUUUGAUGUGGAUCACCUUGUAAUCACCAUCUACGGUGGCUGUAAAGCGAUGCUAGUGUGAGUGAAUGAUGGGGAACGAAAUGAAGUUAUUGGUCAAAGCAAAACUGUAUUUUAGACUUAAUCCGAGGCUGUCAACAGACUGAGUGACACAUCAGGUAACAUUAAUUCUUUGUGCUUUCCCAGACCGUGUUUCUUUACUGAGACAACACAACGCAGGAAUGUGGUAUAACAUGAAGAACUAUCAUUUUAGCCUCCGCUGAACUUUAGAGUUUACAGAACGAAGACUGUGUCAGAACAAAUUUUGUCGACAAUCAUUUACCGUCAAAUGUUUAAAAGAAGGAUUUCUUUAUAAACAGGAAGAACACUAUUCCUGUUUUCCGCUUAGUGACCUAUUUCAGGAUUGUUAUCUCAACUGAAGGAAAACUGAAUUUUUUUAAUUUAUUUUUCGCUUAUUCGAAAAUUCCUACCUUUCAGUAAAACUUAAAAAUGUUAUAUAAAUAAUAUUUUAAAUCUGGUGGUUGUAACACAUUCAAUUCACCGUGUCUGGUCUACUAAAGAUCUGCCACAAAGUCUUCACCUCACCACAGUGUAUCAGGCCGACAGUAACCUCAGAGGAACUUGAGCUAAGUACAUUUACUUUGUCCUAUUUAUCAGUUUUAAAACUCGUGAAAGUCAAUUUCCUUUUUGUUUACAGAGUUUAGUCAGACUGACGGUGUGACGUUGAAAUGAACUGAGUCAUCAAAGAAGCCAUGCAGGCAAACUGGCUACAAGGAAAUCAUUCAGGUUAUCAUGUGUAUUAGUUAAUAAUUCUCCCACCAUGCUCUGGAUUUGCACACAAUGUGUCCCUGCAACUUAUUUCCUCAGUUUUUUAGUAAUUGACUCCAACUGGACUGGGCCAUUGUUUUUAAAUAUGGAAAACAAAUGUUCUUUUUAAGGUGACUUUCGAGGUAGAAACAUGUAAGGAUGUUAAUAAUUGCACCCUAAUUCACGCAGCUAUUUUAAAUAUCCUACAUGCUGACUGUGUGGAAGCAUAAUAACAAAACUAAAGUAGAGUCGAGUAAGUAGAGUCCAAAUCUGUCAUUUUCUGUCUUGUCCUGGUUACCUUCACAUCACCAAGGGUUUAAUUACUGCUGAGCAAACCGCAGAGAUGCCUCACGGGGGACUCGGCGGAGAGAGGAGGACGAGUGAAAUCAAGUUAGACGGAGCCAAAACAGAAGGGUUGCCAGUGAGCCAGGCCUCAGCCACAUAGCUACGGGAUAUUAAGAUAGACAUUCGAGUGGUUCGUGUGCACACAGAAGAUGGGAGAGAGACACCAUGCCAGGAUGAGAUCCGUACCAACAUGAGGAGAAGUGUGUACGGUGAGAGGGGCCGGAGGCGAGCAUCAAAGUGUGCACUGAUCAAAGGGCUGAGCGCUGGGUAAGUGGCUCUCUUAUUUGCUUCUUAGGUGUAAAGAUGGAGGUGCCGGUUUCUCUCAAUGUAAUCUCACUGAACCUGAUGGCCUAGAUACAAGAGAGCUCAUUUAUUUAUACAGAGACACCACUCGGUGCUGGUUUAACCAUUACCCUUUCCCAACAGGUUGUCAUUACAUAUAUUGGGAUUUUUGGAGGAGAGUAGCACGUUUAUUGUUGGAGUAAAUUAUAUUUUAACUCCUAUUUUUGCUCUGAUUCUUUAGUAGACUUAUGAAAGAAAAGGUUUCCGGCCAUGUGCUUCCAUGGAUCAAUUCAAAGGAGACCCCAUCUGCUAAGCAACAAUCCCCCGAUGAGUGAUCUUGGGUUGUUGUUCCAUGUGAGCAACUGAAAAAAAAAAGAAAAAUGUAUUUUACCGUCUUCUGAAGAUUCCUCCACAAGUUGCAUCUUGCCAUCACUGAGCACCCAACUCCACUCCACUCGCUCUCCCUCCCACCAUGACGGGGGGUGUUGUCCCAGCUCCCCAGCAGGGGAACCCAGCUGCUGCAGCGCCCAGCCUCAGCACCACCCCUGGGGAGCCCAUGGAUGUGGAGUGUCCCAUCUGCUACCAGGAGUACAACCAGUACAACAAAUGCCCCCGGAUGCUGGAUUGCCUCCAUGUUUUCUGCACCGAGUGCCUCCAAAGGAUCCAGCUCUGUCCCUGUGAGCCCCUCGACACCACCAGCACACCAGCCAUCCCCUGCCCCCUGUGCCGCCACCUCACCCCUCUGGAGACCGGCGAUGCCCUCUCCUUGCCUUGCAACUCCCGGAUCAUGGCCAGGCUUCCCCCCGUGGCCUUCCGCCUGCCCGUGACCAUGGCAGCGCGCCUGGCCACCGUCACCCAGAGAGUGGUGCUCUCUCUGGAGGGCGACAGGAGAGACGCCCGCUUCAUUAUCCUGCCCACCGUAAGCCUCCGGGUGCAGCAGAUAAACCCGGACAGGCCGUACGGCACGGCGCCGGGCCUGGUGGGUGACGAGGAAGUCUUACAGCAGAGCAAGAAGACGCUGUUCUGUGUGCAGCUGCUGGCCGUCACCUUCUGGGUGCUGUUUGUGAUCACCUGCUUGGUCGUGGUGGUGUUCGGGCCGAAUUUCUUGAAGAGGAAACUUUAAAAAGGAACAGGAUUUUUCUCCCUUUUUCUUAAAAUAGCAGAUAUGGUUGUUCAUCUAGAGUCCCGCUAUAGUCACAGUGUAAAAAGUAAAGGUUGACGAGUCACAUUUUAGAGAAUAUAAAACACAAAUAGUUUUUUCAAUGAUAUUUUAAUAAAGAUGUUUUAACCACCGUGGUGGCUGUUCACCCUGUAGUUAUGGGACCAACUCAAAUUAUACUUACCACCACGUACACCAAUCCUGACUCACUGUACUGUAUAUGUGCUGCUCUUUCAUUAAUGAUAGAUUGAUGAAGAGUUCCCUCUAGUGGUUUUUCUGGUAACUGUAAAUA